UUCUUGAGCAUCUAUCCCAAGAGGGUAUAUCAGAAUCCAAAUCCUCUGAAACACACAACCCUUUCACGUUACAAUUCCCACUCUGGUCUUCCGCUGAAGCAAAAUGGCAACAUCCCACCUCGGUAUCUCCCCCACUUCCUACGCAGCUCCAGCAGCCUUCCUAGCCUGGAACUGGGCCUUCGCCUACCUCGCCCUCAGCAGCCGCACACUAAAGCAACGGUACGGUAUCGACCACAAUGGCAACCCCCGCCAAGAUCUGACCAAGUACGCCGAAGCCGCCAUUAAAGAAGGCAAACUCACGCGCGAACAACUCGAGCAGAUACAGCGCAUUGAAGCGGCGAGCGCGAAUUCAAUUGAUGGGUUUGCAUUCUUUGCGACGUCAGUCCUAUUCGCUUUAAUAACAGGCGUCCCAAAGCAAUCUCUUAUCGGAGCGUGCACCACGUACACCGUUGCACGAAUCGUGUAUGGCGCAGUAUACGUGUUCAUCUCAGAUAACGCGUACAGUCAACUUCGGGGGAUUUCGUUCUGGGUAGGCAAUGCUAGCUGUUUGUAUUUGUUGUGGAAGGGUGGGCGUGGAGGCGCUUGAGUGCGCACCCAAGUUCAACUGUGCAAGGAGAAGUCACUACCUACGAACUCCGGGCAUAUUGAGUGAAGGUGACACGGUGACAACG